UCCGACUGUAUAUCAAAAACAGAUGUUAUUUAAAUAUUAUUUAAUAUCUUCUCUAUUUAUUUUUACAACUGGACAAGGCCUUUUCGGUGGUUGCGGAAUACGCCCACCCUUCCAAUUACCUCAAUUACAACUUCCAUGUCCUCCUCCUUGCCCGCCUCCAUGUCCACCAGCUAUUCCCUGCCCUCCACCAAUUCCCUGUCCACCAACAUUUUGCCCUCCACCGGUCAUCUGUCCCCCUCCACUUCCACCACUGCCAUGUCCCCCACCUCUUCCGCCUCCUCCACCCUGCCCCUUGCCAACACCCUGUACCUGCCCACAAAUUGGUGGAUUUGGAGGAGGUUUUGGAGGUCCACAAAUUGGAUAUCCUUUGGGAGGCUAUCCAAGCAAUGAUUGUUGCUGUCAAUGCAGUACUCCAUGCCGGUAUAUGGGGAGAGCUAGAACACACGGUUCCCAAAUAUUUGCCGCACCAACAGAAGACCAAACAGAAGACGAUCCAACCUGCAACAGUAGAAAACUUAGAACAGCUAUACAAGAGAAUAUAAUUGGUGAUGAUCCGAAUACUUCAAAGAGAGCAAUACAAAAAGUAGCUGAAGAAAAACUUUUUGCAAAAAUUAAUGUUAUUUGUGCAAAAGGAGAAUUUUCUUAUGUAGCAUAUACCGAUACAUUUUGUCAAUCAUCUCUUGGGAAUGUUACCUGUUAUGCCUAUCGCUCUCUCGGAUUGGAAUCAACAGAAAAUAUAAUAAAAACAACAACAAUGAGUGAUGUUGAUUUAUUAUAA